AGCCAGACUAUCGAUAGUCAGAUCGAUGUUUUAACAGCUCUAAUCGUACCGUAUACAGAAUAUUAUAUUGGUAAAAAAAAGUCUCGGUUAGAUGCCGCUCCUGAGGCCUGUGGAGGAUUACUUGGACGCCCAGUAGCAACAUCCUUUAGCAGAAGUCUCAGCCAACGCCCAGACAUGUCCACUUCGAACGGGGGCGUGGCGUCGGGCGGCGCAGGAGGCAGCGGCGGAGGAAGCGUCGCUUCGCCUGGCGACUGGAUUUGCCCAGAUUACGACUGUCGCCAUCUGAAUUUCGCCCGCCGUUUGCAGUGCAACAAAUGCGACCGCGACCGCGAUAGCAGUGAUAAGCCGGAGCGGGAUAGGGAUCGCGAUCGGGAUCGGGAUCGGGGCAACGGCAGCAGCAGCAGUAGCAGCAGCUCCAGCAAGAAGAAGCUGGGCACGGAGAUUGGCAAGGCGGCGGCCGACAAGUCGCGCGGUUUGUUCAGCGCCGAGGAUUGGCAGUGCAGCAAGUGCGCCAAUGUGAACUGGGCUCGUCGCCAGACGUGCAACAUGUGCAACGCUCCCAAGUUCACGGAUGUGGAGGAGCGUACCGGUUUCGGCGGUGGCUACAACGAUCGCGGCGUGGUGGAGUACAAGGAUCGUGAGGAGUCGGACAGCGAGUACGAUGAGUUCGGGCGUCGCAAAAAGCGAAAGCACGAAGAGGAGCGAGAGGACUCCAAGCGGGCCAGGAAGGAGGAGGAAGAGGACGAGGACGACGACGAGGGAGACGACGACGAGGAUCUGUCCAAGUACGAUCUCUGGGGCGACGACGAGGUCACAUCCACGGAUGCCAAGAGCAAGGAGCCCACGGCCAAUGGCGACAAGGAGCGCAAGCGCACCUCGCGCGACUCCACCUCUUCCGUGUCCUCCUCGUCGUCGUCCAGUUCGUCCAGCUCCAGUGACUCGUCGUCGAGCAGCUCGAGUAGCUCCAGCAGCGGUGGCAAGCGAAAAACCGGCAGGCGCUAGCUGCGAUCCGUACCCUUUAAGAUGUUUUCCCUAAUUUCAUCUGUUUUCAUACAUUUCUUUAAGGGGCAAUCGAUCUUGCCCUGCUUAUUUAUUCGCCAGUCUGCGCUCAGAUGAUCAUGACAACGUGGUACGAUGUCCAGUCUACUCUAAAAGUAUAAUAAAACGUAUAAUUUAAGAA